GGAACUCCUACUGAAAUUGCAACAUUUUGGGAAGCUCACCAGAGAUAUGGUAAACUACCAUGGAAAGACUUAUUUGUUCCAACAAUAGCAAUGCUGAGGAACGGAGUGCCACUCUCUGGAGACAGCGUGAAUAAAAUGACCUAUAUGAAGAAAGUUUUACUGGAGGAGCAUAAUAUUACUUUACACAAAACAUUUGCUGAUGAUCACUUCAAAUCAGAUACAGUUAUACCAACAUACCAUUUAUUGGCUGAAGUCAUGAAGUGGGCUGAUGCUUAUUCAAAACAUUUAGGAGAUCCGAGGAGUUUGGCAGGUUUAGGAGAAUUUAUGCAAUCGUUGGGUACAGAAGAAAUGGCUGAAAGAGUAAGGAAGGGAAUAAACCAUGCCAGGACCCAAGAAAGUAGCCAUUAUGUAGACGUAGCUAUUGAUGAUGUGCAAUUGCACGGCACAACGCACGUGUCAAUUUUAGGUACGGACGGAGACGCAGUUUCAGUAACAAGUAGUAUAAAUAAUUAUUUUGGUUCUCUAAUUUACUCCAAAUCUACUGGCAUUAUCCUAAAUAAUUCAUUGAAGAAUUUUGGUAAUGCAACAUGCUCGCGAAAUCCAUUGAUUCCUGGAAGAAGUUCUAGAUCUGGACAAUCACCUUCUAUCAUAUUAGAUAAAAAUGACGAUUUAUUAAUGGUGAUAGGCGCAUCUGGUGGAAAUAGAAUAGCAACGAGUUUAGCCCAGGCUUUAUUGAGAAUAUUGUGGUUAAACCAAACAUUAGAGGAAGCGAUCAGACCAAAAAGAAUACAUUAUGACGUUAUGCAAAAUAAGUUGGUAUAUGAAAUUGGAUUUCCAAAGAAUAUAUUAGAUGGAUUAAGGGAUAGUUAUGGCCACGAGUUACUGGAGAGAGACAGAUACAUGUCCAACAUUCAAGCUGUUUACAAAAACCCUAAAACCCACCAAAUUGAUGCCUUUUCUGACGAACGGAAAGGUGGACACGCCUGCUUAGUUCAAGUAGAAAAUAGAAAAUAAAAUCAUUAUAUUAUU